AUGAGCGCCAAAAAGAAGACGCCAAUCACGAGCGCCCCCAGCAAGUGGAUGAACAGGUCGAAUAGAGUAUCUGAUUUUGUGCGAUUUAAAGCCGGCUCGUCCCGCUCGGCGUUCUCCGGCCCGACGCAGCCCGACUUCAUCAAGGUCGUCCUCGAAUUCCUGAUCAAUGAGGGCUACAAAGAAGCGGCUGAAGCCCUUUGCCAAGACACCGGCAUCGAUUUGCCAAAGGAGGAAAUCGACCACCUUGACGCUCGGGUGACGAUCAGGGAGCUGAUUGAAGAGGGGCGGAUCGAAGAGGCCAUCGUAAAGGUAGAACAACUUUGCCCGAACCUCCUCGCCGACCACCCGGCCGUCCAUUUUCUGAUGUUGCAGCAGAGCCUCAUCGAAAUGAUCCGGAAUCACAAAACCGAAGAGGCGCUGAUGUUCUCCGAGGCGCACAUCGCCGGCAAGGACGACCAACUGACGCCGCAACAGCGGGAAGACCUGGAGAAGACGUUCGCCCUGCUGUCUUUCGAAAACCCGCUUGAAUCACCGUUUGGUGGAUUGCUCAAUCACACACAUCGACAACAGGUGGGCUUUAGAAACGGU